AUCAAACGUAUUUUGACUGUACACUGUACGUACGUGUCCAAUAGCCGCGAAUUUAUUUUAAAUCGCGAGUUUUUUUUACGAAUUUGUUUUUCUUACGGUGAAAGUGAAAUGAAGUCAAUUUUGAUCAUUUCAACCCUCCUGGUGGUGGCUUAUGCUCGACCAGAACCACCAAGUGGUCGUUAUGGACCGCCAGCUCCACCACCAAAACCUCAAUACGGACCACCAGCUCCACAAAAAUACAGUCCACCUUCGCCACCAAAACAACAAUACGGACCACCACCACAAGAGUAUGGACCACCUGCCCAGGAAUAUGGUCCUCCAGCUCCUCAAUAUGGACCUCCACCACCAGCGAAGAUUGUUACUAAGAACAUCUACGUCCAUGUUCCACCCGAGGAGCCAACUGAAAUCGUUCGAAGUCAGGCAAUUGAAGCUCCAGUUCCAAAGAAGCACUACAAGGUGAUCUUCAUUAAGGCACCAACUCCACCAACCCCAACUGUGCCAGUCAUUCCUGUUCAACCCCAAGAUGAACACAAGACUUUGGUCUACGUGUUGGUCAAGAAACCUGAACCACAACCUGAUGUUGUUGUACCAUCGCCUGAACCAACGGAACCAAGCAAGCCAGAGGUUUACUUCAUCAAGUACAAGGAGCAACCAAAACCAGCUACACAAUAUGGUCCACCUGGACCUUAUUAGUUUAGGCCAAUUGUUAGUGGGGAUGUAAACUAAGGACCUUGUUUUGAUUGAUUAGUUGAUAAGAUGAAUUGCCUUAAAAUUGGGACUGUUUUCCUGAAUUUGUAUUUUAUUGAAUCGAAUGGUGACAAUGUUUGUAAUAAAAUCAAUCCGAAAUUUUAAAAA